AUGCCGGGGUUGGGGGCUGCCUGCGGGCUGGGCCCAGAGAAGGCUACCUUUCUCAAGGAGAGCACAGAAAGCCCAUUAGAAUGGGCAGCUGGAGGAGUACAAGACCGGGAUAGUAGAAAGCAGCCAGGCCUCCAGGGGAUAGUCUGGAGGAAUGUCAUCCUAAUGACCCUGCUUCACCUGGGGGCCCUGUAUUCCCUCACCCUCAUUCCCAAGGCUCAGCUGCUCACUCUGCUCUGGGCAUACCUCUGCUUCCUCCUGACAGCUCUCGGGGUGACAGCUGGCGCCCAUCGCUUGUGGAGCCACAGAUCCUACAAAGCCAAGCUGCCUUUGAGGAUAUUCCUGGCUGCUGCCAACUCCAUGGCUUUCCAGAAUGACAUCUUUGAAUGGUCCCGGGAUCAUCGAGUGCAUCACAAGUACUCAGAAACAGAUGCUGACCCACACAAUGCAAAGCGGGGCUUUUUCUUUUCCCAUAUUGGGUGGUUAUUUGUUCGGAAACACCAUGAUGUCAUUGAAAAAGGGAGAAAGUUAGAUCUUACAGACCUCCUUGCUGAUCCAGUUGUCCGACUCCAAAGAAAGUACUAUAAGAUUACCGUGUUUCUCAUGUGCUUUGCUGUACCCACAUUGGUACCCUGGUACGUCUGGGGAGAGAGUCUAUGGAACUCCUACUUCCUGGCCUUCAUUCUCCGUUACACCAUCUCCCUCAACGUCAGCUGGUUGGUCAACAGUGCUGCCCACCUGUAUGGCAACCGGCCCUAUGACAAGCACAUCAAUCCUCGGGAGAACCUAUUUGUCACUUUGGGUGCCAUUGGUGAAGGCUUCCAUAAUUACCAUCACACCUUCCCAUUUGACUAUUCUGCCAGUGAAUUUGGUUUAAAAUUCAACCCAACCACAUGGUUCAUUGACUUCAUGUCUUGCUUAGGGCUGGCCACGGACCUUAAACGGGUUCCCAAGCAGAUGAUCGAAGCCCGGAAAGAGAGGACUGGAGAUGGCAGUGCUUGA